UUAAUUUAUUCCAAAAUGGACAAUACUCGGUAUUAUAGUAAUCCAUAUGAAGAUUAUCCUAAUUCUUCAGCAAAUAUUAUAGAUACAGAUACUAAUGAGAUCAAUGAAGACUACAAAAAGGCAAUAAGAAUAUAUGUAAAAAAAUUAAUGAAUCGAUUAGAAAAGAGGAAAAUUUAUUGGACUUCUAUUGAUGACUAUUCUGUAUAUACUGGGUCAGCAGGGAUUGCAUACAUGUUUUAUCAAUAUGGAAAGUGCUUUAACGAACCAGCUUAUAUUGAAAAAGCAAUGGAACUAGUAAGAAUAUGUAUACAUAAAAUUAAUAGUAAAAAAGAAAUUACAUUUUUGACUAGCGUUAUGGGUCCAUUAACUUUGGCUGCAGUUAUUUAUCAUACAAAAGGACUUUCUACUGCAGCAGUGAUUACAAGUUUAAGUAUAAAAUCAUUUGUUACUGUUGUUUUGGAUGAAAGUAAUGAUCUGUCUGAUGAAUUACUUUAUGGAAGAGCUGGUUAUCUAUUUUCCCUUCUUUUUUUGAAUGCAAAUAUAUCUCCUGCUCCUAUAGAAGAUAAGUUUAUUAAACAGGUUAUUGCACUCAUAAUUAAAUCUGGAAAUCUGUAUUCUGCUUCACAAAGGUACAAAACACCUUUAAUGUACACUUGGCAUGCGACAGAGUAUCUUGGUGGUGCACAUGGAUUGGGUGGGAUACUUUAUAUAUUGUUACAGGCACACCAGUACUUGACACAAGCUCAGUUAGAAAAAGAUAUAAAGCCUGCAUUAGACUUUCUUCAGAAUUUAAAACAUCCAUCUGGAAAUUUUCCAUCUUGUAUUGAAAGUGACGCUGAUAAUCUAGUACAUUGGUGUCAUGGAGCACCUGGAAUGACUAUGUUAUUCUGUUUAGCUUACAAGAUAUAUGACGACAAAAAUUAUUUGAAAACUGCUCUACAAUGUGGAGAAGUGAUUUGGUCAAGAGGAUUACUUAAGAAAGGAUAUGGAAUAUGUCAUGGAGUAGCUGGAAAUGCCUACUCAUUUUUAUGCCUUUUUCAACAAACAAAGGAUGUAAAACAUCUUUACAGAGCUUGUAAAUUUGCAGAUUGGUGUAUGGAUUAUGGAAAACAUCAAGAAAGGUACCCUGAUAAACUAUUUUCAUUAUUUGAAGGUCUUGCUGGUACAAUUUAUUUUUUGAUUGAUAUUCAAAAUCCACUUUCUGCAAAAUUCCCAGCAUACACUAUUUAA